CUCUCUCUCUAUCUCUCGCACACACAAAAAGCAGCCCAUAUAGGUAUUAUAUAGUUUGAUUGUGCCCACAAACUAGUAAGGUCCAUAAACAGGGGAGACUAUUAGAAGUAAGAUUCUUAUUUUAUUCCAAGUUGUCACUUACGUUAGGAGAUAAAAGGCAGAGGGCUUGCGCAGUGACUGGUGAGAGAAGAAAGGAAAACAGAAGGAAAAAAGGAAAUGGAGAGAGAUAGCGAAAUGAAAUCAUCAAGAUUCAAGAGGGUUUGCGUUUUCUGUGGCAGUAGCCAAGGUAGGAAACCUAGCUACCAAGAAGCUGCUAUUCAACUUGGCCAAGUUCUGGUUUCUAGGAACAUUGAUUUGGUCUAUGGAGGCGGCAGCAUAGGCCUGAUGGGUUUGGUCUCACAAGCAGUUCAUGAUGGCGGUCGGCAUGUCAUUGGAGUGAUUCCCAAGACUCUCAUGCCCCGAGAGCUGACUGGGGAAACAGUAGGGGAAGUGAAAGCUGUUGCAGAUAUGCACCAAAGAAAAGCUGAGAUGGCCAAGCAUUCUGAUGCUUUUAUUGCCUUACCAGGUGGUUAUGGAACUUUGGAGGAAUUGCUUGAAGUUAUAACUUGGGCUCAACUCGGCAUCCAUGAUAAGCCGGUAGGAUUGCUUAAUGUGGAUGAAUAUUAUGACUCUCUGUUGUCAUUCAUCGACAAGGCCGUAGAGGAAGGGUUCAUUAGUCCAACUGCUCGACACAUCAUUGUAUCUGCUCCAACCGCAAAGGAGCUGGUCAAGAAAUUGGAGGAGUACGUGCCUCGUCAUGAACGAGUUGCUUCAAAGCUCAGCUGGGAGACAGAGCAGCUGGGCUACUCUCAAGAUUAUGAUCUGUUGAGGUGAUAAUUCGAGAUCAUCCUUUUCAAGAAAGCUAACUUGGGAUUUUAGGAAAAUCUUUUAUUUUUGUAAAUGUACUCCAUAUGGGAAUUGAUAUGAUCCCAUUAUGUAAUAGUACUCAACAUGUUUUUUUGAUUUGCAAGCUGUAACUACUGAAUUGCAUUAUGUAAUUUCCUCACUAAUGGAAAAGUAUCAUUCCCUUUUGUUGUUUAA